ACUCUUUUCAAACUUAUUCCUUUCCCUCCACCAUCCCUUUCCUUUCCUUUCCUUUCCUUUCCUGUCCCUGUUAAACCCUCACUUUCUCCAGGGCUUUGGUCUAUAGCAGAUCCUUGGGCGGUAUAGUCAGCAACACAUGGAGCAGCAGAGAAAUCAGAAGAUGGUUCAACAACAACAACAACAAAAACAGCAAGAGGAGCUUGAGGAGAUGCAACAUGGGCCGUUCCCUGUGGAGCAGCUUCAGUCAUCGGGCAUUGCGUCCCUGGAUGUAAAGAAGCUUAAGGAUGCAGGUCUCUGCACGGUUGAAUCUGUUGCUUACACCCCAAGAAAAGACCUUCUACAGAUCAAAGGAAUCAGUGAAGCUAAAGUUGACAAGAUCAUGGAAGCAGCUUCCAAACUAGUCCCAUUGGGUUUCACCAGUGCUAGCCAGCUUCAUGCCCAGAGGCUGGAGAUAAUUCAGAUAACAUCAGGGUCAAGUGAACUUGAUAAAAUUUUGGAAGGUGGAAUUGAGACAGGAUCCAUUACUGAGAUAUAUGGUGAGUUCCGCUCCGGAAAGACUCAGCUCUGUCACACAUUGUGUGUCACAUGCCAACUUCCAUUAGAUCAAGGAGGUGGUGAGGGAAAAGCAAUGUACAUAGAUGCGGAAGGGACAUUCAGACCACAAAGACUUUUACAGAUAGCGGAGAGGUUUGGACUGAACGGUGCUGAUGUCUUGGAGAAUGUGGCAUAUGCUAGAGCAUACAACACUGACCAUCAGUCGAGGCUAUUGCUUGAAGCAGCUUCAAUGAUGGUGGAAACAAGGUUUGCGCUUAUGAUAGUAGAUAGCGCUACUGCCCUCUACAGAACAGAUUUUAAUGGGAGGGGUGAACUCUCUGCCCGACAAAUGCAUCUUGCAAAAUUCCUGAGGAGCCUUCAGAAGUUGGCAGACGAGUUUGGUGUGGCUGUUGUAAUUACAAACCAAGUAGUAGCCCAAGUGGAUGGUUCAGCCAUCUUUGCUGGACCUCAGAUUAAGCCUAUUGGUGGUAAUAUCAUGGCUCAUGCCUCCACAACAAGGUUGGCUCUCCGGAAGGGAAGGGGUGAGGAGCGCAUUUGCAAAGUAAUAAGUUCGCCUUGCUUGGCUGAGGCUGAAGCCCGAUUUCAGAUUUCUCCGGGAGGUGUUGCUGAUGUCAAGGACUGACUCAUUUCAGCUCAUUGUUUCCAACCAAAAGUUGAGCCAGCUCCUUUUAUCGAUCACUCUGUCUUUGUAUGUGACUGCUUCUGCUAGUGAGCAACCCUACAACUUUGUAAUUUUUGUCUGCAAUGAAGCUGGCCAAAAGUUUUUGAAGAAGCGAUUACAAAAUCUUGCUGUCCAUUUCAUUGUAUAUAACCUUUGCAAGGACUGAAUUUCUUGUAAUGGAGAUUCCAAAUAUUUUAUUUA